AAAGUUUGAGGCAAGUUUUUCAGUUCUUGUUUCAGAUAACUUGCUGGUUUGCCGCUGAAUUCAGUUAAGGUUUUUGACUUAAAAAAGUCAAAAGUCUAGAAAAUGAAACACAAGACAAUCUCAAAGCUAAAACAGUACAUCAGCGAUGACCGACCAAAGCGAUUGCGGGAAUAUGUGAGGAAGCAUGAUGUUGAUCUGACAGAGGUUGUAUUGAGUAGAGGCCAGAACCUCCUACAUUACUGCUGCAAACAUGGGUCAGGCACUGUGCUGAGAUAUCUGAUGAGCGUAGGAGUGCCAGGUUCCCUGCAAGAUUCCAAAGGGAGAUCACCUUUACAUGUAGCCCUGGACAGAGCUCUAGAGCUGGACACCAGCAAACAGUGGGAUGUGACAACUGAGUGUUACAAUGGGUUGAUCCUGCCAUUGUUGGAGUGUUACCCAAAAUGCUUGGAUAUGGAGGACAGCUCUGGUGCAACAUGCAGACGUCUUUUGCAUGAGCUUGUACAGAGGAGGGAGGCACGGGAACCACAGCAGAAUGGGAUGGAGGUUGAUGAUGAUGCCGACACAGAGAGAGCAUGGAGAGACAAACUAGCAGAUGAAAUGGUGUCUGAACACCACGAGAUGUGGGGGGCCUAUAUACCAGACCCAAGUUGGGACAGCCAUGCGGAGGAAUCAUGCGGAGACUGGGCAGACAGAGUAAGGGACGAGUAUAAUGCCAGAAAAAGGGCCAAGGAAAGGUCUGCAUAUAGAGGCCAUGGGGAGCACAAAGGGGACAAGAAGGGUCGCAAGGGGGAUCAGGGUAGUGGAGAGGAGGGGGAAAUUGGGUGGAAAGGAAAGGGGAAAGAGACUUUAGAAGAAGCUAGAGAAAGAAUGCGGAGGGAGUUUAAAAAUAAUAAGGUUAGAGAUGUUGCAGUUGAUGCUUUAAAAAAGAGAAUGAAGUAUGAAGAGAGGUAUAAAACUGUGUUAGAAGGUGUUGGCGGUGCUAAGAUCAAAUAUGGUGAUAUCCCGUGGCCAAGUUUGAAGGGGGAGGCAUUGGAUUUGACGGUAUUGUUUGAUAAGAUGGAUAAAUCAAGUGCAGAGUAUCAGAAAUAUUUAAGGGACCAGCAGAUUCGAUGGCAUCCGGAUAAGUUUUUACAGAGAUUUGGGUCACGACUUUAUGAGAAGGAAAGGCAAAGAAUUAUAGCUAGAGUUACAUUAUUGUCACAAAACUUGAAUCAGUUGAAGUCUUAAUGUUUGUAAAGAAAUCUUUAGCAUUGUUUUAUAUUUCAUGAUUAUAGAAAAGUAAUGUAUGUUUUUGUUUCUUUGCCAUGUUUUUUUGUAUGUUUUUUUGCAGUGAUUGCACCAUAGUGAUUAAAAAGAUUUUGCAUAGGGAAUUCAAUCCUUAUAAAGCAUUUGAAGUAAUGAAAAGUUUUAAGAUAUGUUAUAUUGAUAUAUAUAGUGGGAAUAAUUGAUGAAACAUCUUAAGUCACAAACUCGACACAGAAGACUUGAAUGAAUGGAACACCGUAAAAGGAAACUACAUAGAUGACUAUAAUGGAUGGAACACCUUAAAAGAAAAACUACAUAGAUGACUAUUAUGGAUGGAACACCUUAAAAGGAAGACUACAUAGAUGACUAUUAUGGAUGGAACACCUUAAAAGGAAGACUACAUAGAUGACUAUUAUGGAUGGAACACCUUAAAAGGAAGACUACAUAGAUGACUAUUAUGGAUGGAACACCUUAAAAGAAAAACUCAGCACAGAAGACUAUAAUGCAUGGAACACCUUAAAAGGAAGACUACAUAGAUGACUACUAUGGAUGGAACACCUUAAGGGAGAAAUUUGACCCGGUAGACUACUAUGGAUGGUACACCUUAAGGGAGAAAUUCGACAUAGAAGAUAUGCAUUGUGUCUUUUUAAACUUUAUUUCUUUUUCGUUGACAUGUCAGAUAUAAAUCAAAAAGAAAUAUCUUUGUUUCUGAAAAUAGAAACAAAAGAAAUACUUGUUUUGUAACAAAAAGAUCUUCUCUUUGCACAGCAAAAUUAAUCUACGGCCCCAAUUUUCUCGAAUAAUCUGCCUGUUUACAAGUAAAAACAGGAUCAAGCUCAUUAACUAGUUUCCUUAAAAUAUAAAUCAUGAAAUUUUCAUCGUUGGAAGACUUUUCAGCCAUUUAAAGGAACUCAUUUUAAAGAAAAUUAUAAUAAACAAUAGUUAGGUUUACAUUCAAGUUUGAACAAGUAAUUUGGACUAAUGAAAUAUGAUAGUUAUACUUGUUAUGCUUAAGAUAUUUCGAGAAGUUUGGGCCUGAUAUUUAAAUGUUAAAUAUUCAUAUAAACACACAAUUAUUGUGUAACCAUCAAACAAUGGAAUUGACAAUAUUAGAAAAUUGUCCCGUACAUGAUGAACAAUAAAACGACAAAACAUAUAAAAAUAAGAAUGAUACACAGAUCCUAUCUUUCAAGAUAAUAAUAUAGAGAAAAAAUCUACCGUAAACUAUUUUUGUAUCUAUAUACUUGCAUAUAUUUCCUAUAAUGACAAGCUCGAAUAAGCUUUAAACUUGAAUAAGAUAUUCUUCUUUUAGGUUAUGAGAUUUCACAUGAGGAUGAACUGUCCUGUUAAGUUGAUAUUUGAAAUGGAUUAAUAAUUGUAAAAUCUGUACCUGUGAAACAUGUUACCAAGAUGAAAGGUAAUAGUUUAUGUUGAACAGCAUGAACAUUUCUUUAUUAAACUUCAAAAUCCAUCCAUCUUACACAAUAUGUUUAUGGUACAGCCUUGUGUACCACAACUAUUUUAAUGGUAUGGCCCAUUUCUUAUAGUCAAAUUUCAUUCAAAGCUGUAUUGGAAUGCAUGAAACUAAAUAGUCAGAGUCAUCUGUAAUUACUUAUCACUGACAAUGUUGAAAUAAGUGUAUGAUGCCGGACAUGAAGUAGUGCGGCUGUGUGGAUUUUUUCUCCAGCCAAAGAGCAUGUGUUACAUUUGUUGCGCCAUUUCAACAAUAAAAUAGGAAGUUUAUAUCUUGUGUAUACAAUAGCUAUAAAAGCAUUUAUUGUCUAGUUAGUUUGAAACUAGCAAAAUGGCCAUUACAAAUUUGAUCAUAAGACCAUCCAAUCAUAAUGAAACUUGUUGACAGUGAAGUUGCUCACAAUGUCCAGGCCAAGCUUGAUCAGAAGUUUCAUAUAAUUGUGAAAUUGUAUUUUAUAUAAUUUACUUUUUUUGUUUUAUCAAAUAAAACAUCACCCAUAUGGGUAUUUGUUUAUACAAUUAAGCCCGAAACUUACAAAGUGGAUACUUUUUUGUAUAACUAUUAGUUAAUAAUGAUUAUGAAGUAUCUUAAUUGAAUAGUGUUUCCUUUAAUUCUUAGGCUUUAAGUAAUGUAUUAUUAUUGUGAAUGUGGUCAUGAGCAAUAAAACAUGGGCAACUGUUCAAUUAAUUUACUCCGUUAUGUUCAUCUUGUCAUUAAUUGAUAAUUGAUGAAAAAAGAUCACCAUAAUGAAUAUUAAUGACCUGGAGCUUUAAGUUAAGACAGAUUCAAAAUUGUGUUUCAACAAUGUUUGGAAAAGAUCUCCACCCUGUCAAGUUUUUUAUUUACGGAGUUUUCUGUAUAACACAAAUGAGUUGUGAAAUGUACUAAUUCAUGAACGUUUAAUAGUUUAUGUUCUCUUCAGAUAUAUCAGUAUUCAUUAAGCAUAUAAUUUGAUGUCAAAUCCAUGUUAAUUUAUAAUAUAUCUUACCAUAAAUAAUGGAGACUGAUUGUCAAUUACAUUGAGAGGUGAAGUUUAUUUUAUACAUAAUUCAUACAAAGAAUUAAAAGGUAAAAGCUGGAAAGGUUUUUGAGAUUAAUUUUAAAUGUCUGUAUGGUAACUAUAAUACAUUUGAAGGCAACAUUAAUUUUGCGAUCAAUUUCAUGCACAUUUAAGUGUAUUUUUUGUCUUUAAAGAAUAUAAAUAGUGACUGAUUAUUUCUGGAUGAUGAUUGAACAUGCUAGUUAAUGAGCAAAUAGUUGGUAUAUGAGUUUAUUUGUAUAACAAUUAUCCUUUUUUGUUUUUCUUGUAAGAAACCGUUGAAGUUUGAUAUUUUUAGAUUUCUAAUGAAACAAUUGAAAUAUUAAAUACUAUUUGUUUUAAAUGUUAUAUAAAGAAUCAUUAAAAAAAUACUUUUGUUGUCAGUUUUUGCUUGCUUAAAGCUGCACUCUCACAGAUAUACCACUUUUUUUCUUUUUUUUUUAUCUUGGAAAGAGCAAUUUUUUGCAUAAAUAUGUACAAACCAAUGAUAUUAGAUUGCUGACAAAAAAUCAGAUCGUAGAUUUUCAUAUUUCCGUUCGAAAAUUAAUGUUUUAUGGCUUAACCUGUUACUCAUGGUUUAAGAAAAAUGCAUAAAACAUCAAUUUUUGAACUUAAAUAUAAAAUUCUGCAAUCUAUUUUUUUUUUGUCAGCUGUCUUAUGUAAGUGGUUUCCAUGGAUUUUCCCAAAAAUUGGCUCGUUAAUCCAAGACAAAAAAUAAACAAAAAGUUGUCAAAACUUUCAAUCUGUGAGAGUGCAGCUUUAAGAGUCAUUUUAAAUUUGAUAUAUAAUAUGAGCUUGUUGAUGCAUAAUCACUGAUGUAAUAACAAGUUGAACAACAGUGUAUGGCACAGAUGUGUUUCAUAAAAUAUGCAAAAUACAUCAUUUUGUCAAAAAGUCCAAACAAUUAUUACGAUAAUUAGGAUAUGUCAAAUGAAGAUAGUUCAUGACAACCUUUGUUGUUCUUGUAAUUAUUGUUAAAACUUCUGCUAUGUGCUGUCUGACAUAUAUAUCACACUGUCGUGUCUAUGUCUAUCUAGCUAUAGAAUGUAAAUAUGUUGUUGUUUAUUAAUUUGAUCAGGUGACGCAGUUUUUGACCAUCCAUUCUGACAAAGAUUGUUAAUACAAAAGGGCUGGCUAUAAAGACUCUAUAUUGCUCAGCUUCCAGCCAUAUAUGAUAAAAGCCUUUGAAUGAACUUAAAUUCGCCUUAAUUAUGGUGUGAGUUUACGGCCUAUUUCUUUAUUUUUACAUAAUAUUGCAUACUCCCUAAAAGUGACAGAUAUAUAUAUAUCUUUCUUGUGGCAAUCUUUCCGUAUGAAUUUAACAAAGUUAAAGAAUAAUUUAUUUAGAAUCUGACUUAGGUUUACAUACUAGACAACAUUGAUUCAGUUUAUAUGGUGAAUUGCUGUAUUUGUAUAGUCACGUUUUUAUACAAAACUGAACAUGAACAAUUAUAGACUUUUCUGUUGCCUGUAUAUAAUAUCCAUAUCAUGGUACUUCAGUAUAUUUCCAACAGAAUGUUUCUUAAAAAUGCUUACUUGUGUUCUGCUUUUUGUUGUUGCUAUACU